AUGAGCUAUUCCACACGCUAUUCAUCCACCCCCUGCACCUUCUAUCCAGGAGCUCAAUGUAGUCAUCUAGAAUGUAUGAGCUCUAGUCUUCCGCGGUACCAAUCACCACCUAACUACGGGUACGUACCUCCUCCUACUGAGCCCUUCGUUUUGGCAAACGAAGAGGCCUAUCGUGCUGGAUUCGUCCAAGGAAGACGAGCGUCCAUGCAAUCGAAUGGACCUGCCGGUUCCAGUGAAUAUCGAAGCGGAUCAUCUUUUGGUGAACCGCAAUAUUAUCCUCAGGCUCAUGGAAGACGAAACUCGAUGUCUCGAGGGAGCUAUGGCAACAGUACGAGUCGUCAGUCUCCCAUGCCGAAGAAAGCGACGCCCAGAUCUUCGAGGGAUAUACCACACCGUCGACCUUCAGAAGCGAUCUUUGAUUUUGAGAUCGAGGUUGAAGAGAUGCCUGAUGAUGAUGUUGAUGAAGCAAUCAAGAAUGCGGCAGACAGACUCAGUGAUAUGAAUAUGCAUGAUGAUAAUCGAAGUGAUUCAUCCAAAGGUCCAAGUGUGAAGACCAGCAGCAAUAAAUCCAAUGAAUCGAAGAAGACAACUAACACUGCUUCGGAACCGAUCCCAAAAGGUUAUCAUGGUGUGGUAUUUACCAUUGGUCCUAAAUAUAGAGGACAGCUAACUGGGUUUAGUAAAGAAACUUCUAUUAGAUGUACAAUCAAACAGGAAUAUGACAAUAUCAGUGAUUCUGAUGCCUAUUGGAAUGCGGUGGGAGGACAUGUCGAAUCGUCUGUGGAGAAGUUUUAUGAACCUAAGGCGACUUCAAAUGAACGAGCGAUAAGUAUGACCUGUGUUGAAGAUCGAGUAAGAAGAUAUCAUGCGAAUUAUAUAACCCCUAGGCAAAUCAAGUUGUCGUACCCUAAAGAGAUUACCAAGACGGAAGAAGACUUCCAUGAAUCUUUCCUCCUUGAUCGACCCACGGCAACGUCUCUGCAUCAAAGGCCAAAAAGCGAGUUCAUGAAUACCCUGCAAGCUAGUAUCAAGCGUGAUCUGCAAUCUAAAGUCGGACGAGAGCUGAUCGACCAGAGCGUCGUCAAAGAUUUGGAAGUUGAUACGACCAAACAGCUCGAAAAAUGUUAUGAUAGAUUCAUAGAGACCUUUAAAUGA